AUGUCACUGUUUUUGACGAGCCUUCUGCCAUGCGCUGAUAUUAAUUCGCCGACCAAGCCACUUAAGCUAUACCUUGAGUGGACUCGAAGAAUUAUGCUUGAAUUCUUCAAACAAGGUGACUUGGAGAAAAAGCUUAAGCAACAGAUUAGCCCAAUGUGCGAUAGACAGCGUGUAAUUUUGGAAUCUUCGCAGGUGAGGAUUUUUCACUUUUUAUCAUUUUAUUUUAUUGUAUCUCUCUUUCACUUACGGAAUUAA